AGCACUGGUCAGAACAGUGACUUGGUGAGAGGAGAGGCCUCUCAAGUGUCUUAUUAUUGAUAGUAAUUUGUUUACAUUGAUUGUAUUUGUUAAUUUGAUUCUUUGUCAUCAUCAACUGACACACUGAGAGCAGGGUUUGGGUGAGAAAGGUAUCUGAUUUGAGUGAUUCUUUAAAGAGUUGAACCAUGAAGCAUAAAAAAAAGCAGAAACAUCUGGAAGGCAAGAAUUUCAUCAAAACUGCCAGAAUGUCAAGAGGACCAUGCAACACCCAAGAGGACACGCCUCAGCGUCAGUCACCUGUGGAGGCCGCAGCCUGUCGUCAGGCAGCAGGAGAAAGGCCUGACUUCUCUAAAGGUUUCAUCUGUGUCUUCUCCCCAUUGAAGCGACCCAGUCUUGGACCAUGCAACACCAAAGACGAUGCACUUCAACCCAAGUCACCUGAGGAGACCCCAUCCUGUAGUCAGGCAGCAAGAGAAAAGUCUGCCUUCUCUGAACCUUUCGUCUGUGUUUUCUCACCAUCUAAGCAUCCACAUAUUGAUGAGGAUGCAAAGCUGAAUUCACGAGAAGGUGCUUUGCAGCGCGGACACAAGGCCGUGGCCCUAACUCAACGCCAGAAAGCACGGAAGGCCUCUUCUUCACAAAGCAUCUCUUCUAAAGACCAGGGAAACGAUGCUGGACGCUGCAUCACCCAAGACAACGUGCCUCAGCCUGAGCCACCCGUGGAGGCCACAGCCUGUAGUCAGGCAGCAGGAGAAAAGUCUGCCUUCUCAGAACAUCUUAUCGGCGUCUCCACCCCAACCAAGCGUCCCCGUCGUGAUGAGGAUGAAAUCAAGGAGAUGCCUAUAUCCCAGGACUCGCAGCAAACGGAGGACUCCUCUGACUAUUUACAUACCUACAUGCCAUCCCAUGUGCUUAAUAAUAACGAGCCCUUUCUGUCCCCAGCACAUGGGACAGAGGUUAGGCUCAUGAAAAUUUACUAUAUGCGUGUACAAUUGAAAAGGGGUGUGGCCGUCUCAUUCCAUACAAAGGAAGGGUUGGUGCCUCUCUCAAAAAAGAUCAAAAUGGAAGAAAUGACCUAUCUUGGAAAGGUCCAUAAAGAUGUCCCUUUCUCUCACAUGUCUGAGAAGAAACACCUAAUUGCCCGUGAGCCAAUGUUAGACAGCAGAGCCCAGGAGAAAAGCGGGGAGGCUGACCGUCCAGCACAGCCUCCAGCUCUGGGCGGGUAUCCCAGGGCUAAGACGCCUGAGUGGCUGGUGGCCCUGGACAGUGGGUUCAGGUGCAUGGCCUGCUGCCGGGUCUUCCCCACCUUAGAAGUCCUCCAGGAGCAUGUGGAGUGCGGGGUCAGGGAGGGCUUCAGCUGCCAUGUUUUCCAUAGGGCCAUGGCUCAUCGAAAGUACAAAGAGCGUAUGAGGAAGAAGGAGGAGAAAAAAAGAAGGCAACGUUUAGAUUCCAGAAGGAAGAACAUUAUGGCAUGA